AUGCGACACAAGUGGACAAGCGAAGGGCCUAGGAGAAAAAGGGUUAUUCCCGCCGCACCUACCUGGCCCCCGAAUCUCCACCUCGACCUGCGCGGGCGAUCCACACAGCAUUCUCCAGCUUCCCACGGCGCGAAGCAAGACUGCAGCCUGUUUUGUUUCGCGACAAUCUGGUGGAAGAUCCCCCCAGUAUCCAGAAGGUAUCCAGAACCUAAGCUGGAAGCAGUCAGUUUCGCACUUUUGACGCUCUGUCGCUCCCUUUCCUCGGUUGAACUCUUGUUCGCUUCGGGGUGGCCGCGUGGUGAGCUCUUGGUAACGACGAUCCCCGAGCUGGAAUCCACCAAAGACCCCAUUCCUCCUCCUCCGCGAGCCCCGUCCGCCGCCAGUCAUCCGCCCGCUACCUCUCUGUCUCAACAAUUCCAACCCGCGGCCUCUGUUUCGCCCUUGCAGCGUCGCAAAAUCAAUCCGCAGUUCGUGCUCGACCUUCUCUCAGAUACGUACCAAGUCAAAGCACCCGCCGCCCAGUCGAGCGAGCACAGCGUGUGCAGUCGAAUCUCGAUCGAAAUAGAGUCGAGCCAGCCACACGAAAACCCGACAUCCGCCCAGGCCGCCUCUCGGAAGCGUCUACGGUAA